AUGAGUCGUAAUAGGCGUAUAUUAGAAUUAGCUUUGAAAAUAGUGAAAUAUACGCUGAACCUGGUAAAUAUGGAACAAAAUUUAUUUUCUGGCGAAAUGGAAAACUUAGACAUUGUCAAAAAAGAUUUUGAUGUCACAGAAAAUCCUUUAUAUGCAAAUACAUCAUAUGUAUCAUCCGAUGAAAUACUUAUUCAACAUGGCAAUGAUUUAUUCGAAUUAAAAAAAAAGUUACGGCCUGGUUGUAGCAAAUUUCUAGACCCGAAUGGUAGUGAUGUAGAGUCUAGUGGUCAUAGAGAGCCUUUCUCUGCCGAUGUGUCCGAAUAUGUACCUUCCGGUUCUGAAGGUAGUAGCUAUUCAGAUGGACCAAAAGAAAAGAAUCUACAAGAAAUAGAUGAGGCUGAACCAAAAACAAACCUAAAUAUACAAACCCAAUAUAGUGCUUCUGAUAUAGAACAUAAUUCGCAUAAGAAAAAGAAACGAGAUAUGCCGGAAAAAUGUACUUCUGGUCGUUACUGGAGGCUGCUUGAGAGUAUAGAAAGCAUCCGUAAUCCAGAAUUGAUCUAA